GAGUAGUAAACUAUUUGUACGACUUUCUCCUUUUUAUAGGUUACUAAGAGAAAGAACAUAGGAAAAACGAUUGUGUUUAUGGUGCUGACUGCUGCAAUUUGGGAAUUUUGCUCUGGCUUCUACCCGCAUCUUCAUACGUUCUCUGCCCUAACCUGAAUCACUCCCUUCUCCGAGGUUUCAAGGGCAUUGGGAUCAAUGUUGAGUGAUUCUAAGAGCAAGUGUGAGAGUGUGUCUCACCAGAAUUUGAAGGAAAAGACCAAGCACCGUGUCGAUGACCUUCAAAGAAUUUUUUCAAAUCUCGAGUCCGCUAGGAAAGAUAGUCGACCUGGGGACAUAGCUGUUUUUGAGGAGCAGGUCCAUCAGAUGCUACGAGAAUGGAAAGUUGAGCUCAGUGAGCCAACACCAGCAUCUUCUUUACUUGGUGGUAGCCUUGGAUCGUUUUCUGAAGAGUUAGCUCGACUUCUGCAACAAUACGAUGUCGAGGACGAUGCAACUAGUCCAUUAAAAGAACUCCCACUUCCUAAGCCUGAGCCUGAGCCUGAUCCUGAGCCUAAUCUUGAAAACUUUGAUGCUGGAAAUUUCUCGGUGUUUGAACUGGACUAUUUUGAUAAUAAGGAAUCACAAGAUCUUAGUUUUCAAGGAUUUCCUGAAUUGAAAGGAUCUGGUGUAGAUUUCCACGAGACAGGGCCAAAUGACUCAAAUUUUGUUACUGGACUGGAGCCUCAUCAGUUUGAUAUAUAUCAAGACAUUAAUCAAGGGCUCAUUGUUGGAGCCAAUAGCACAAAUCAGUGUGCACAAGAUACUUUGCCCAAUGUUCUUCCAAAUAUUUCCCCUCCACCCUCUGCGUUUAUGGGGCCAAAAUGUGCUCUUUGGGACUGUUCUAGGCCUGCACAGGGAUCCAAAUGGUGCCAGGACUAUUGCAGUAGUUGUCAUUCUGUUUUAGCCUUAAAUGAAGGUCUUCCCGGUAUUGCUCCAGUUUUACGACCUGGUGGCAUUGGUAUGAAGGAUAGUCCACUGUUUUGUGCUCUUAAUUUAAAGAUACAGGGAAAGGAGGUGGGAAUUCCUGAGUGUGAGGGAGCUGCUAAUACAAAAUGUCCGUGGAAUGCUCCUGAACUGUUUGAUCUUUGUCUCCUAGAGGGUGAAAAGCUUAGAGAAUGGCUCUUUUUUGAUAAGCCUAGAAAGGCAUUUGAGAGUGGAAAUAGAAAACAGAGGGGGUUGCCAGAUUACAAUGGGCGUGGUUGGCAUGAAUCAAGAAAGCAGGUCAUGAAGGAAUUUGGGGGACUGAAGAGGUCAUAUUACAUGGAUCCACAGCCUUUGACCUCUCAUGAAUGGCAUCUAUUUGAAUAUGAGAUCAACAACUACACUACCUGUGCAUUAUAUAGAUUGGAGCUCAAGCUUAUUGAAGGAAAGAAAAGUCCGAAAGGAAAAGUGUUGAAGGAUUCACUUGCUGAUCUGCAGAAAAAGAUGGGAAGGCUCACAGCUGAGGCCCCUGUGGAUGAUGGAAAUUCUUCAAGGACUAGAGCAGAUACUGUUCGAAAGUAAUUUAGUGAUUUAUACUCCAAAAACGUUAAAUUGUGGUUCAAAUGGUCUAUACAAUCAUUAGAUCUCCAACAUUUUUUACUAGGGUGUUUCUUAUUGAAGAGUCUCAGUCUCAAGUCACUAAAAACCGUUCAAGAGGAAGUUUAAAAUAUUUGCGUUUCCUAUUGAAGAGUCUCAGUGCUAUAUCAAUUCAUCUACAGAUGACUCCUCGUCAUCAAAGAAUUCGGGUUCUGCUACUAAGCCUGUGUUUGGUUGGAGAAUGGAAUCAGAAUUUAAAUACCAAGGAAAUCAGGUUAGAGCGUUGUCAUUUCAUCGUAGUGUAUAAGAUAUCAGGGAAUCUAGAUGAGAGAUAGAGACAUAGUACAGUAAGAUCAUAAGAAAAACAGUUUUAAUUGUAAAUUGAUUCUUACGAAUGAAUGGUUUACUCUGUUUUCCGCGUUCUCUUUUAA